GGUAAAGACUGGAAGAGCUUUCAGUAAAACUUCUCCAAAAGAAGAGCUAUGGCUUUUCUCUGCUCCUCUCUCUCUUGGUCUCUCUGUCCACCUUUGCCUUUGGCGGUACGGCCCCUCACAUAGUUUUUUCUCUUAAAGCUCUUCGAAUUCCUCAUUUUCUCCGCCUUAUGAGAUCUGGGUAUUGCUUAUUUUAUUUUCUUCUCUCAAUUUCUGCACAACCCCCUUUAGAUUUACUUGUAGUCUCCACUGUUUGCUUAUCUUUGAGCGGUCUAAGUCUUUUUGUUUUUCCCCCUUUGCUUUGCUUUAUUGCACAUCUUUUUCUGUUCUGGUGAAAUGGGUUGUUGAUUGAACCCUUUUGAAGCUUGAGCAUGAAGUGAAACGAGCUUGAUUGUGUGUUUUAUGAUGUGUGUAUUAUGAUUGUAAUGAUGCUUUUGACCGUAGAAAGAGAUCAGAUAAAAAGCAAACUAGGAAAAAGCAACAGAAGCUGUGUGUGUGUGUGCAAUAAAUAGAGUAUUGUUGCUUGUAUAUUGUCAAUGAGAGAAACACAGGUGGGAUUUUUAUUCUCUGUCUUUAUCCCUUUUCAUACAUUUCAUGUGCUAUCCAGAUGUAAUGUGCUCUGAAGGGAGCUUGCCAUUGCAGUCGUUUUGAGGUUUUUUUUUUAGUUCUCUCUCUGGUUUUUUUGGGUUUUUAAUAUUUUUGAGGGUUUGGGUUUCUUUUCUCUCAAAAGGAGUUUCAAGAAUGCCUAUGUUUCAGCCCUCAAAGAGGGAUGGGGUUGUUGGGUUUGAUGGUGGUGGAGAUGGGCAUGUCAUAGAUCUGGACACAGCUGUGAAGGAUGGGGUUUUGGGUGGUGUUGGUGGUGGGGUUGUUACUACUGGUGUUGGUGAGAAAUUGGAUCUGAGGAAGAUGAUUGAAGAGCUUGACUUGUCUGAGGUCCCUUCAGUGUUCAUCUGCCCAAUCUCCCUGGAGCCAAUGCAAGACCCAGUGACCCUUUGCACUGGCCAAACCUAUGAGAGCUCCAACAUUCUCAAAUGGUUCAAUUUGGGGCACCUCACCUGCCCCACCACAAUGCAGGAGCUCUGGGACGAUUCGAUAACCCCGAAUAGGACCCUUUACCAUCUAAUCUACACUUGGUUUUCCCAGAAGUAUCUGCUCAUGAAGAAGAGGUCUGAAGAUGUUCAAGGAAGGGCUUCUGAGCUUGUCGAGACACUAAAGAAGGUGAAGGGUCAAGCUAGGGUGCAAGCCCUCAAGGAGCUUCAUCAAGUUGUGGCAGCUCACGCCACUGCCAGGAAGACACUGAUUGAUAAAGGUGGGGCUACUGUAGUUUCAUCCCUGCUAGGUCCAUUUACUUCACAUGUUGUUGGUUCCGAAGUCAUUGCCAUUCUUGUCAAUUUGACCCUUGAUUCAGAAUCGAGAACGAGUUUGAUGCAACCCGCAAAAAUUUCAUUAAUGGUGGACAUUCUGAAUGAGGGGUCCAUUGAGACGAAAAUCAAUUGUACCCGGUUGAUCAAAAUGCUGAUGGAGGAGAAGGAUUUUCGAUCAGAAAUUAUUUCAAGCCAUAGCCUCUUGGUAGGACUAAUGAGGCUGGUGAAAGAUAAGAGGCAUACAGCCGGAAUCUUGCCUGGACUUAGCCUCCUCAGAACAAUAUGCUUGCAUAAGGAAGUAAGGGGUUUGAUGGUGAACAUUGGGGCUGUGCCUCAGUUAGUUGAUUGUUUGCCUUCUCUCGACCAUGAAUGCUUAGAACUAGCUCUUUUCGUCUUGGAUGCACUGUCCUCUCUACCGGAGGGAAUAUCAGCUUUGAAGGAUUGUUCAAACACCAUUCCGAAUAUGGUGAGGCUUCUUAUGAGAAUUUCAGAAAGUUGUACUCAAUAUGCACUGUCAAUUUUAUGGUCUGUAUGCAAACAUGCCCCUGAAGAAUGCUCAUCAAUUGCUCUGGAUGCUGGUCUAGCGGCAAAGCUCCUCCUUGUGAUACAGAGUGGUUGCGGUCCUGUCCUGAAGCAGCAGUCUGCAGAGCUCUUGAAGCUUUGUAGUCUAAACUAUACUGAUACAAUAUUCAUUUCCAAGUGCAAACUCACAAGGACAAUCCAAUGACAGGGAAAUUUUACUUGGAUAUGUAUAUGACCCUUUUGAUUCUGAUAUGUGGCCCUGAACAGAAUGCCAAAUCGGGGGUGUGAGGUACGAAUCAGCUCACCUGUAUAUACUUGAAAAGUAUGUUUGUUCCAACAAUUGAUUCAACAUUCAUGAAGAAGUCUCACAAUGUGGACAUCACACACCAUGCUGGUUCUAAUGCAAUCAUGCAAUUUGCUCAACUGGCGUCAAUGGUUGUCGAAUAAACCCCAGAAGAAAGAAGAAAGUGUAGUUAGUUGUUGGAUAAAGAUACUUGUUAGGAGGAUAAUUUGCUCCAAAAAAUAUGGAGCUUGCAAUUACAAUUGUAAUUGUCAAGAAAUUGCUUGGCUCCCACUCUUUAGUUCCCUUUGUUCUCCUUAAGGUCUUUGUAGUAGCUCCCAGUUUUCCUAUUGUUUUUUUUCUUUUCUUAAGUGGGAGUUUUGCUUUUGACCCACUAACUGUAGAAAUUGUAGAGCCUUUGGGUUCUGUUCUCCAUUUUAACGUGUACAUUGAAUUGAAGUCAACAAUAUCUUUCCCCA